CAACUUGUCUCCUGCAAAACAAUAUGGUGGUUAUCCUUUUCAUGAUCUCAGAAGCUUUCCUCCUUGAAAUGAUACAAGGAUGCAACUCUACGUGAUUUUCCUCCCUUCCAGGGCAUUCAGCUUCAUGCGAAUACCUUGAGCGUCUCCCGCUAUAUUCUUCCUCUAAUCGACUUAUUCGCUUCUCCUCAAAUUAAUGAAACGAAUUAUGAUUUCGUUCGUGAAGACAACAUUUGUUUUUAAAUUGAUGGUGACCGUCAAGGUAACGAAGACUGUAAACGAAGAACUUUCAAGACCAUAAUCCAUCAUCGGCUUUAUGAAAGCCAAGUUGUCAAGUUGGAUUUUGCCCUGUUUGACUACGAAACCUGAGACUGCUUUAAACCAUUCGGUUCAUUUUGCUUGACCUUCUAAUUUAUUGUCAUAUAGGUUCCUUGCUAGGCAGCAGGAAAAUAGCGAGUCUAUCUAAAAUUCAAUCUUGAAAUUCCCCAGUAACAGUUGUGGAGUUUCUUAGACACUGGAACAAAAUGGCCUCUAUCGUAAUUUCCGUGUUUGAAAGUGCAGUUGGUUUGCUUGGGGGUAACAUAAAAGGAAAAGCUGCGGAGAUGCUUAGAGAUGGAGAUGUAACCGAUGAAGAAUGUCGGGAUUUGGUCAUGACGGAAAUCAAUGAUAUCAAAUCAAUGUUGAAAGGAGUUUCAAGGAAAGACUUGAGAGCCAGUAUCUCUUAUUUUAAAGAAGGCAUUGGGUACUUAUAUCAAUUCUUCGACAAGGCAAGGAUCCAUCGCGAGUACAACGCAGAAAUAGCACAUGCUGCUAGCAAUGAAGCCCUUUUGCUCACAGAAGAAAUGACAAAAUUGGAUCUUAAGGGCUUAGAUGACUCUACUAACCAAGAUCUUUCAAGUGCAAGAGAGCGAUUCAAACUUGCUCGCGAAAAAGCCACAGAGGCUUUCGCUAAUGAAGCACUAAACAUAUCCGACCGCCUUCUUGCAACACGAUACCGAAUUAUGGCAACCAUACUUGAGACAGUGGACAAUCCCAAAAGAGCAUUAGUACCCUGCAAAGUAUGCAUUGAAGAAUUAAAUUGCCUUCCAGCGGUUCAGAAUAAUUUUGGUGUUCAGGUUACAAGAGGCAUCAAGUCUGUCAAGGGUUGGUUUAGAAAAAAGGAACGAGGGAAACUAAUUUCCAGUGUAUGUUCCAUGAAUCGGGUCCUCUACGAUGUCUCACGAAUAGUGCUCGGUAGAUGUCCUUUAGAGAAGGCAUGGCCCACUGUUGAUACCGGAGGGAGCGCAGUUGAUCCAUUGCGUGACGAAAGAAUAACUAAUGCGCUACGAAAUCAGGGCAUUGAGGAUUUUUGCGUGAAAUGGUCCUUUGGUAAGGACGAACUGGAAUGGGUGUCAGGCAUCGCUACAAACUCCAGUGGACAAUUUAUUUUGACAGAACACGCUAGUGCCAUUAUCAAGGUGUUUGACAGCGACGGCAAGUUGGAAAAACGUAUCAGUCUACCGGACAAGGCGAUUCCUUUGGAUGUAGCCACUGACUUCAACGACGAUAUCUAUGUGCUGGCUGUCAUCUUGUCUUCAGAUGAGGUAAACUCGAAUACCAGCCGCUGUUCAGGAAAUGAGCCCAAACUCCCCCCCUCGAGAGGAUCGGAGACCGAAUCUGAGAAAUGUGUGGAAAUCGAGGCUAUCGACGAGGGAACCCUAUGGGUUUACAAGUACACUGAAACUGACGUCUAUCAACAACCUGUGGGCAAAGGAGGCUGGGAUAGCAAGCUAUCGGUCGAUGAGCGUGGUAAUAUGAUUGUUUUGAGGAUCGGGGAUGGGAUGUCUAUGGAACGUGCGUUGGAAAAAUAUGACAUUAAGUGGCGGCUUGUUCGCAGGCUUAGAGAGGAAACUGCAAUUAAAAACUUGAAGGAUAUCACUUCUGUUAAUGACGGUCAAGUCAUGGCAUUGGAUAAGGCGGAUCGCCUUAUUCACAUCUUCGGUGAAAACGGGGAACAUCUUCGGAAGUUUAAGCUGCAAACAAUCUAUGAACCCGACAUCAUAACUUUUCAUCGGAAAAGUGGACAUGUCGUUGUAGCUGGUGUUAGAGAAGAGAACGAGUGUCUGGUUGUGGAAAUAUACACCAAAACCGGCAAGUUUAUACAAAGCUUCCAAAUCUACGAGAAAGGAAUACGAAGGAUAUCGGCCAUGACAGUCACAAAUGAGGGACAAAUCGCUGCGGUUACCAAAUACUCCACCAAAGUACUUGUUAUGUGACAUUCCGUUUUGCCCGUUCAUCGAUGAAUUAUGAGGCGUUCUUUCAAUGAUAGAAUGCCCUAACCUUUCGCAAGCUGCUAACUUACUUUGGAAUGCACAAAAGUAAACUUAUAUCGGGCGAAUUGAAAGUCUAUUUCUACAGUUCCCUUACAUCCUGUUGGCGACAUCCAAUCCCUCUCCAUGCCCUCUGAAAACCAAGAUUCUCCACCUCAUCCUACGGCGAAACUGUAAUCAGUGAUUUCUGGUCCCUCAGACAAACCUUUCGUGUUUAGUCGUUCGAUUAUUUCCUUCUUACCGGGAGAUAAUCACUUCGAAAGUUUUGGAUAAGUCGGCGUUGCCAAGUAGGUGUGCCAACCGUUAAAUUGUUCAACAAUGGCAAAAAAAAAACAACAACAAAAAAAAACCAGAAAAAACAGCAAUUUUACUUUUCCUAAGCGAAUGUCGUUAAAGAAGCGGAGCAAAUCUUAACCCUUUAUACCCUAACAUCAGAAUUCAUAUUCUCCAUACUGUCCUCUGGACAUUUACUGAGGUGCUGACAAGGAGAAUUUGUCAAAAUUUUACAGCUGUACAAUUUUUUCAUAAAUUUAUCAGUUACAUUAAUAUUCUAGGGUUUGCAAGGAACCAUUUAUAGCGUAGAUUCACUUUUCCUAUCAUCCUUAGCAUGAUGGGUUUGAUGUAACUUCUAGAGUUUGCUUCGACAUAAAACCACGAGUAAUCUCUGUUUUAUGGCAAUUGCAGAAUACGUAACAUACGCGCACCAAGCGCGCUUUUUGGCGCGAAAAUAUGAUUUGGCCUAUUCGCAACUUUCAAAAUGGGAGUCUGUUUGAAAGACUUCGCCGCGAAACCUAGAGAGAUUUUCAGUUUGCUUUUAUCAUGUUUAUGACCAAAAAGCACCAACAAAGCGUUAUUUGAUAUAUUCGUAAUUGUAUGAAGAAAUAGCCAUGUCA